AUGGGAGAUCAAAGAAGAAUACCGCUUGACAAAGACCAGUGUGCUUACUGCAAAGAGAAGGGACACUGGGGAAGUCAAGGCCAGGAGCCCCCCCCCGAGCCUAGGAUAACUCUCAAGAUUGGGGGGCAGCCAGUAACCUUCUUAGUGGACACCGGGGCUCAACAUUCAGUCCUGACUCAUACCGGAGGCUCUCUCAGUGACCGCACAGCUUUGGUCCAGGGGGCCACGGGUAGCAGAAGGUAUCGAUGGACCACCGAGAGAAAGGUUCAGCUGGCAUCUGGACAGGUAACCCACUCUUUUCUGCAUAUACCUGUUUGCCCUCACCCAUUAUUGGGCCGAGACCUGUUGACUAAGCUCAAGGCUCAGAUCUAUUUUGAUGACAAGGGGUCAACCGUUACGGGACCCAAAGGGACCCCCCUACGAGUCCUAGCCCUAAAAUUAGAAGAAGAAUACCGCCUGUUUGAAUCCGAGCCCUCUAAGGGGCCACCGCAAGAGAUGCAGGACUGGUUGAGGGAAUUUCCCUCGGCAUGGGCCGAGACUGGUGGCUUGGGGCUGGCUCACAACCAACCCCCACUUGUUAUUCAGUUAAAAGCCUCCGCCACUCCCAUUUCAAUCAAACAGUAUCCUAUGUCCCGGGAAGCCCAUGAGGGCAUUAAACCACACAUCCGGAGGCUCUUGGACCAGGGGGUACUUGUGCCCUGUUGAUCCCCUUGAAAUACCCCCCUCCUGCCUGUAAAAAAGCCUGGGACAGGGGAUUAUAGACCGGUUCAAGACUUGAGGGAGGUUAAUAAACGAGUUGAAGAUAUACACCCCACGGUGCCAAACCCUUACAACCUCCUCAGCACUCUUCCACCAACCCACAUUUGGUAUACGAUACUGGACUUAAAGGAUGCCUUCUUCUGUCUGAGAUUGCAUCCCCAGAGCCAGCUGCUGUUUGCUUUUGAAUGGAGGGACCCAGAGAUGGGACUCUCAGGACAGUUGACCUGGACUCGGCUCCCCCAGGGGUUUAAGAACAGCCCGACCCUCUUUGAUGAAGCCCUACACUCAGACCUGGCCGAGUUCCGGGUCGAACA